GCCGCGAUCAUGAAAAGAGAAUAGUGGUUGUUUAUUUCGAUUUAUACAAUGGCUUUUACUGGCGGGAGCGUUUGUAGCGCAAUAAAUUGCACUAACAACAGGAAGAAGACACCACAGCUGUCUUUUUUUAGGUUUCCUAAGGAUCCUGAGAGGAGCAGAAAAUGGCUUGUUAAUAGCAGGCGAGAAGGCCUCAUUAAGAAAGAACCAGUGUACCUGUAUAAUAAUAUUAGGUUUUGUUCGCCACAUUUCGAACAAAACCAGUUCAUGAACGCAGACAACAACAGACUCGUGUGGAAUGCAGUACCCACACUGUUUGACAUUCCAAAUAAGCCACCUCAGCUGACGAUGAAGAGGAAACUGCCACAAAGAUUCGACAGUCAAUCUAAAGCAAUAAAACAGUCCUAUGACACAGAAGCAGCCGGUUCAACUCUGCAUGUAUCAGUGCCAGAUUCGUGUGAAUCGUCAACACAGACUUGCUUUGACGAUGAAGUGGUUAGAUUAUGUGCAGCUGUUCGUGUCUUACAAAAGCGUGUGAAGUGUCAGAAUGUGCAAAUCGCUAGACUUUGAGCGAAACUAUUACGGGACAAGGAAAGUGCCUACAGACAGCGACAGAAACUGUAUCAGAAGGAGCAAGUGAACAAGGACAAACGAAUGUUAAAGACUGUAGGACCCCGAUAUUUAAAAAAAGUGCCCUUGACUUGUUGGUAAGCCAGAUUACCAUGCCAUUGAGAGAAAAACGUGCUGCAAGAUGGAAAGACGAAAAUAAUCUGUUUCCUCUAAAUUUAUUAUAUUACAGCACUCAGGCAUACAGGUUUUUGUCAGAAUGUUUUAUGCUUCCAUCAGUGCGUACAUUACAAAGGUAUGUGGAAGGCAUACAAAUAAAAUGUGGGAUAAGUGACUAUAUAUUCCAUCUUUUAAAGCAAAAGGUGCAACAUUUUUCUUAUAUUGAUAAACUUGUGAAUAUGUCAUUGGAUGAAAUGUCUCUAAUGGCAAAUUUGACAUAUGAGGCACAGCUAAAAUUGCGAACAGUGUGUUGGUGAUAAUGAUUAGUGGCAUUUUUUCAUGUUUCAAACAACCAUUGCUGUACUGUUUUUGUAAAGGAACAGUGGGAGCUAUGCAUUUGACUGCUAUAUUUUAUGAAGUACUCAAGAGACUUAAGGAAAUUGGCUUGGUUGUAAAGACCUGUGUGACUGAUCACGGUUCAAAUUUUGUGGGCUGUAGAAAGAGACUGGGAAUUACACAAGACAAUCCAAGUUUGGUAUAUGAGGAGCAGAAGAUCUAUUUCUUCUAUGAUACCCCACGUUUGUUUAAGAGCAUCAGAAACAACCUAUUUAGGUAUGGCAUAAUUCAUACAUCAAAUGAUGGUUUGGUUGGUACUGCUUCUUGGAAGGACAUUUCUCAGCUCUAUUCAAAUGACUUGCACAGGAAAUACAAGUUAGCUCCGAAGCUGACUAAAAAAGCUGUCAAACUGCCAGCUUUUUCAAAAAUGAAAGUGGGUACUGCAGUUCGUGUGUUAAGCCACACUGUGGCAGCUGGUAUUGACACACUUGUAUUUUGUGGUAGUAUGCCAUUAUCUGCAACUGGCACUUCAGACUUUUGUCAGAAAGUUAAUGACAUUUUUGAUUUCUUUAAUACAUACAGUGUGAAAGGGCCUGUGCAUCUAAGAAACUGUAUUAGGAGUGAUUCAGAGCAUCUGGAUGUUCUACAUGUGAUGAAGCCAUGGAUUCACUCUUGGAAAUUUGUAGGCUCUGAUGGAAAAGAUUACUCCCUGAGGAUAAAAUGUGUAAAGGGGCUUCUAAGCAAUAUAUGUGCUUUGGAAAUGCUUGCUGCCGAGGUACUGACUGGAACAAAAUUGUACUUAUUCUCACGUAAAAUUAACCAAGACACAUUGGAAAACUUUUUUUCAACUAUGAGGCAGAGAGGUGGUUUUUGCAGCAACCCAUUUCCAAGGCAGUUUUGUGCUGCAUUUAACAACUGUACACUAAGCAAACUGAUAAAUUCCUCUAAUGUGGCAAGCAGUAAUUGUGAAGGAAUUGACUGGGGUCAGGCAAUACUGGACAUGAAAUCUGCUCAAACAUUAAAGGUCUCUCAGUUGUUAUGCAGUAGUGAUAAAAGUUCUGCAACAAAGCUACCAAAUGUGGAAGUUCCAGCAGACCUUGAAGAACAAAACAGUAUGAGAUAUGUGUUUGGUUACAUGUUGAAGAAACUUUUUUCUUUACAUAAUUGUGUCAAGUGCAGGAAUCUACUUGUAGACAACAGCCAGGACUUAGAUGCAAAUGACAAAUUUUAUUGCCAUUUCAAAAGUUACGAAGACAAUUUUGAAGCUUGGUUAUUUGCAGUGAAAAUAUUUGUUUAUUUUUGAGGGAUUGUGAAAAUCAGAUGGCAUCAGUUUUUGAUGAACAUUCUCACAAGAAAAACUGUGGUGAAUUAUAUGUAAACUUGUUGCUGGCUGUCCCAAGUUUUCCCCCUGGAUGUUGUGAAGAAACUAAGCUGCUGUUAAUCAAGAUAUUUGUUAAAGUGAGACUUGUUUACCGGCUCAAAUAUUGGAAUCAAGACUUAGUUUCUAACAACAAGAAAGCAAAUAAGAAACUGAAGUAGUUGGCUCAUUUGGGCUGCUGAUUUCUUUGUUGCUUGUGUCACUUAGAAUAAUAUAAAGAUGAAGGUCGUACUUGUGGCAACGGGCGAAAAUGACAAACGCAGUAGGCCUACAGUACGAUAAACGAGCUGUCGGUCGUUUUUGCAUGUAGAGGUACAUGUAUGUGCUUCCUACAUGUGAAUCUGUGUGUUUAUAAUCUUUUGAUAUCAACGUGGUAAGCUGCAAUUCUGUCCAAUGUCAAAAGUGUUUCUUCACGAAUGUGUUGUAGCUUGCCACUCUAUUCAUGAUUUUUGUCCUUACUUGCGCUUUUUUUAGAAUCAUUUUUAGUAACAUAUAUGCCUUCUGGUACCACACAAACCCUUGGAGCCAAGAAAAUAACUCAAAUAAUUCGGAAAUGAAGAAGGAAAUGGAUGCAAACAAACAUUAUGCUUACGACGCGUCUGACGUUCACCUUACCUGCCACUUGGAGCGCUAGUGUCGCUCCAUCUGUCAAACGGCAACAAUUUUUACAGCAGACACUAAUGACAGCAGCGGAGAAGCUUGCCGCUGUUCCUGAUGUGGAUAUCGACCCAGAAGGAACAUUUAAGUAUGUUCUAAUAGGUGUCUUUGGUUCAGAGGGUCCUGAUGGCAAAGAACCGAGCAAAUUAGUGGUCAUUGGCUUCCAUUCGGACGUCUACGAUGAGACGAUGGACAGGGUGAAAGGCCUCGGCGUUGAUACCGAGUGCACUGGUGGUGGUAGAAUACAGCACGACCCCAGUGCCAACGUCAUCAAAGCGUACAGCUACUCACAGUUUGUAAUAUUUGACAUUGCAGCUUUUGAAAAUGGAGCAGGAUGUUGUGCCCUCUCUCCUAUUGGAGUGUUUCUCUGUGAUCAGAAUUGGAGGCAGACAAUUCACUUGAACGUCUCGACGCGCAGGUCACCGAAGUGGCGUCAAAUCGAAAGACCUGCACCAGGCGAACGGUCUACCCGACGGGAGGCCCUAGCCACACGACAUUUCCAUUUUUACUUGAACGUCCAUUGCUGUUGUUGAUGUCUUUGAAUCAUGUUGGUUCUUUGUGAUUAAUAAAAAAAUUAUACAAUCCAA